AUGGAGACAACUCGGCGGAUGAACAGACGGUCGCGAUCUGGCUGCUACACCUGCCGAGCCCGAAAGGUAAAAUGUGACGAGCGACCGAACGGAUGCGCCAAUUGCGAACGACUCCGGCUAGAUUGCUUCAGAUACAGACAGUCAUCCCCUUCCCUGCCUAGCUCGCGCCCGAAAUCAAGACGAACGUUCCGAUCGUGUACCGAAUGUCGUGUGGGCAGAGCUAAGUGCUCUGGCGAUCGACCGGCGUGCUCCAGAUGCCGGGAUAAAGCGUCUGAAUGUCGGUAUGGAGAUGGGGGAGAGCCGGCCUGGCGGCGGCGUCUCUCGUCGGUAUCGGGCAUCGCUCACACGGCCGAUGAUCCAAGGGGCGCAAACUCGGCGCAGCCAGGAGGAGAGGCAGAAGCCCCGGCGUUAACAUGGUUGACAUCGACUUGCCUACCGCAUAAAGCGAAGGUCUCGGUACUGGUUGAGAACUACUUCGCACAUAUACAUCCAAUACGUUGCUUUGCGUUCCUUCACAGACCGUCGUUUCUGCGGAGAGUUGAUGAGGAAAUAAGUCCGAGCUCGAGUCCCUCCGCCCUCCUCUACAUUAUCUGUGCUUUGGGCGCGCAAUUCUAUGCCCUGGAAUAUAGUACCGUCACUCAGGCGCUUCCACCAAAGUUCAUACUGCGAGCUGGCCACCGCUGGGCAGAGAAGGCAUACAGCAUGAUUCUCCAAGAACUCGACAAAAUAUCGAUUGACAACCUCAUGGCCACCCAGCUCCUAUACGACUAUGCACUCCGAGUAAACAACUUUGCACAGGCGUUUAUGCUUGGCGGCCUCACAGCACGCAUGGCACAGGCUCUGCAAAUCAACCUAGAAUAUUCGACCGACGUACUCUGCCAGGAAACAGGCCGCAACCUCUCCGUACCCGAACGAGAAGCGCGGCGUCGCCUAAUGUGGAGCUGCUUCGUGACCGACGCCCUCCUAGGAAGCGGAGUUGACCAACUCACCCUGAUCGAAGAACGGGACAUAAAGAUCCAACUACCCUGCAACGAACAAAGAUUUAUCCAAGAGGUUCCCUGCAUCACUCGCACCCUGAGUGGUAGUUUGCUCAGCUUCAUCCGGCCAGACUCUAUUCCACCAAAUCCUGAAGAAAACAUGGGCAUAAUGGCCUGCUUCAUCCAGCACAUUCGGAUCCGCAAACAAGUCCUCCGGUACAUCAAACACCUUGACACUGCCAUAUCUCCCUGGCUUCCAAACUCGGAGUUCGCCAUUCUCGACCAGGCAUGCACCGACUGGUACAACUCUCUCCCGCCAAACCUCCAGUUUGUCGAAUCCACUAUAUACACCCGCAAAGCAUCCUCACAGCUCGGAGCCCUCGUCCUCCUUCAUUGCUCUCACCAUCAGACCCUCUGUGACCUGUACCGUCUUGGUGCUCCCGCGCUCUUCAAACUUCGCUCCGCAAUUGGUUUCCCACCAGAGCAGGGCGGGUAUCUUCAGGACAUGCGGUGGAAGCUUUUCCGGGCUGCGAAGGAAUUGGCCAUCAUUAUCGGCAAAGCCGAGUGCCACGGGCCGCACAACCUCUCCGACACGUGGCUGCCGACCAUCACCUAUGACAGUUCACGAAUUAUGUUGUACUAUCUCACUCAGCUAAUCGAUCCUCGGGAACAGGAUAGUAAGGACCUAGUCGUUCAAACUAUUCCAUACCUCCAGAGCAACAUACGUGCUCUGAAAGCCAUGCAAGCAUUAAAUGCGACUUCGGAGUCUCUGGCCCACGCUGCAGAAACAAUGCUACACCGCCUUGGCUCAGAGGCUGAAAUCGCGGAUCAAAGCAGAAGCACAAACAUCGUUCCCGACGAACCCUAUCCGCCAGACCCCGACGACGUCGCCGGACGGCAGAGCCCACCCGGAACGCCCGCACAGAGCGCGCCGGACUACGUGCUCAAUCCACUAACGAUAUACCGCAUGGCUCGUAGGACGAUUCCGGAGCGCCAUGCGCCGGAAAGGAUUGCUUCUACUUCUUCCGCUAUUGAAGGGAAUUCCGCUGUAGCGAAUGAUAUUUCCCCGCCAACACUUACUGAGGCAGAUGAGCUGAUGCUUUUCACGUCGGAUCUGGGGUGGACGUGGCAACCUGCAGAAACGACAAUUGGGUCUGGGCUGGAUCAUACUGGGCUCCAUCCGUGGAUUGGAGGAAUGGGCAUACAGAACAAUUGGUCCGAAGCAGGCGGGUUAUGGGGUCAUCACUUUCCAUUCGGGACAUAG